AUGGAGUUCCUUGGAGAGGGGAUCCAUGGCUUGAUGACUGGUAUUAGAUUUCCCAAGAAGAGAAAGAUCGCAGUUUCGGACGUGGUGCAAAAGACACGAAAGCUAGUGGUGGAAGAAAGCGCCGAGAGUAUCGCCAGUCCAAUCUUGGAUCGAUCAUGUGAAUUGUUUGAUAAAAGAGUCACUUCGCAUUCAGAGUUGAAAGAUCCUGAGGGUCGAAAGAUCGUGUUCAUUUCCUCAGCUAGUACCGUAGUUCUUGAAUAA